UUCAGGUGCCCUGGAGAAUUUCUUCAGUCGUUCCAGUCAGUCCAGUUUUUUUCUUAUCUUCAGAGGAAGACAGAGAGCUGAUUGUGUUUGGUUAAGCUUUUAGAUCACAGAAACACAAAAGAGGAUUGUUGUAGAUUUUUCAUUAAGAGAUAAAAUACCUUUUUCGCUGAACAAGGACACACAUUGUUUGGCUCACCGUUCCUGCAGCAGUGGUGGUACCUCGAUUUUUACAGCUCUGAAGGAGACUCACAGGACGUAUUUGAAGGGAAGGAUGAGCAGCUUUCUGUACUUCAUCCUCCCAGCUCUGGGUGGAUACACCCUCACCUCGCUGUACCUGCUGAAGAACCCACUCAUUCUCCACAAGAGGAAACGUACAGCCUUUUACAGCACACACAUCUCGCACAGAGGAGGAUGUGGAGAGAGGAUAGAAAGCACGAUGGAGGCGUUCACUCAUGCAGUGGAGCAGGGCACGCAGAUGAUCGAGCUGGACUGUCACUUGACUCAGGACGGACACGUGGUGGUCUCCCACGAUGAGAAUCUGCUGAGGCAAACCGGCCACGACGUCAGCAUCUCCUCACUCAAGCUGCAGGUGGGAGGACAAAGGUCACAAGGUCGUGCUGAGACGGAUUUGCCUCUGUACAAGGAGAGACUGGAGGUGACAUUUUACGCAGGUCGCUACAGCAGCGGUGCAGACAGGAAGUUCGCUCUGCUGGAGGAUCUGUUCAGGAAGUUUCCUGAGAUGCCUGUCAGCAUCGAAAUCAAAGAGAACAACAAGCAGCUGAUAGAAAAGGUGUCUGACUUGGUGAGACGCUAUGACAGGGAGGGGAUCACCGUCUGGGCCACUGUGAACUCAAGUAUCAUGAAGGAAUGUCACACAACGAACGGCUCAAUGCCCUUUAGUUUCACUGUGAACCGAGGCGUGCUGCUUCUGCUGCUCUUCUACAGCGGCCUGCUGCCCUUUGUGCCUCUGGGAGAGAGUUUACUGCAGUUCUACCUGCCACGCAUCAUCAACAGGACGUUUAUCCCUGAGAAGCGCAUACUGAGGAACAAGAUGGUCAUCUCUUUGUUAGAAAAAGUAACAAUGAGGAAGAGUCUGUUUAAACACCUGGCAGCCCGGGGAAUUCAGGUGCACUUGUUUGUGUGCAAUGAAGACGAAGACAUAAAGGCAGCAAUUGAAGUGGGAGCCACCGGGGUGAUGACCGACUAUCCGACUCUUCUGUCGAACUACCUCAGAAGUCACGACUGACCUCAAACACACAAUGACAACAAUUAAUUACUCAGGAAUGAUGAAGCGAAUAAUGAAAGAGGAUUGUGUGCAAACAGAAGAAAAGACUGUGAAACAGAAGCGAAUACACAAAGUGUCUUUUCUUUAAUCGUGACAAGACAAAGAGUUGUUGGUCUAAUUAUUAAACACCAUGCAUGGGAACAAAACUAUCAUCCAACGCUUUAAUCUCAAUCCUUUAAUCACUGUUGAUUGAAUUAUCUGCAAACCUUCACCCACACACUGUCUGUAAGACACAGUGCAGGGUUUUAAGAAACAAUGAUGUAUCUAACAGCACUGAAUUGAUUUAACUUUAUUUUUCCUGUUAGUGCAAUGAGACGUACAACAUGAAGAUGUAAUAAAAUAACCAGACAUACACACAAUAUUUUAAUUUAGUACAUAUUUUUAGUUGUUUACAUUUCAUACUUUCUUUGCAUGUAUGAAUUUUUUUUAAGUAUUCAUGUGGCCAGAGGAAUGUGCAAGUAUGUGUGAAUCGAAUAAAUAAACAAAAGUGGUAAA